AUUAUUUCAUCUCAUCCCCUAGAAGUUUAAACAGGUGUGAUAGGCAACAUGUUAUGCUGACAGUGAGUCAAGAGGAAUAGCCCAUGGUUUGAAUAAGCAGGAACGAUUUUUGUUUCUGUACCAGGAAAACACUUGAACAUCAAUUUUUUAAAUUGGUCAGCUGAACCUCGCACUGACCUGAGACUGUGGGUUGAAGUAGAUUAUACUGAAUCUAUGGAAAUAGCCAUCUCCGUCACAAAGGAAGGUGCGCUUCAUCUACCAUCGAAACACUGCGUACUUGACUCCUCGCCACUCAGGAAAAGCGGACAGGUGGAUUUCUGUGCAGAAGGACCUCUUAAAGCACACGGGGAGGAUAGAGAACUGUGCUGCAUUAGAGCCACUUAAAGGAACACGUUGAUUCUGGGUAGCUGAUUCUGAACUGGUGGGGGAGGAAAAGCAUUGUUUUCAAAUAGCUAAUGCAAGAAAACGGUUUCUCUUCUCUCCACAGACAGUCUGGUGUUCCAGGACUAGCCCUGGCUCUAGUGAUGCAGAUUACCUUUCUACUCCUGGAAUCUCAUCUGUGCCUCAGACUUUCUCCUCCCAGCUUGAGACUGCACAUACACUAGGAUGUGGGACAGCAGGAAGCAGAGCUAGUGGUCCCCGAGAGGCCCAUGUCUGGGUAGAACCAGGCCCAGGACGCUGCCCUUCCCCUGGGCUGGAGUUCAGCUGUGGGGGUUCGGCGCAUGUGCUCAGCACCAUCUUUCUAUGUGUGCUUAAAUGGCACAGCAUUUGGUCAGCGCCUCUGAAAAGGAAGGUGCGAGAAGCAAAACCCAUGGCCACCUUUCCCUGCCAAUUAUGUGGCAAGACGUUCCUCACCCUGGAGAAGUUCACUAUCCACAAUUAUUCUCACUCCAGGGAGCGACCUUACAAGUGCUUGCAGCCAGAGUGUGGCAAAGCUUUCAUUUCCAGAUAUAAAUUAAUGAGGCACAUGGCUACCCACUCGCCCCAGAAGUCUCACCAGUGCGCUCACUGUGAGAAGACAUUCAACCGGAAAGACCACCUGAAAAACCACCUCCAAACCCAUGACCCCAACAAAAUGGCCUUUGGGUGUGAGGAGUGUGGAAAGAAAUACAACACCAUGCUGGGCUACAAGAGGCACCUGGCCCUUCACGCGGCCAGCAGCGGCGACCUCACCUGUGGGGUCUGUGCCCUGGAGCUAGGGAGCACCGAGGUGCUGCUGGACCACCUCAAAGCCCAUGCCGAAGAGAAGCCCCAUACUGGAACCAAGGAGAAGAAGCACCAGUGCGACCACUGUGAAAGAUGCUUCUACACCCGGAAAGACGUCCGGCGCCACCUGGUGGUCCACACAGGAUGCAAGGACUUCCUGUGCCAGUUUUGUGCCCAGAGAUUUGGGCGCAAAGACCACCUCACGCGCCACACCAAGAAGACACAUUCACAGGAGCUGAUGAAAGAGAGCCUGCAGUCUGGAGACUUCCUGAACACCUUCCACUCCAUCUCUCCCCAGUUUCAGCUGAAGGCCGCCCCACUGUCUCCUUACCCUCUAGGAGCUUCUGCACAGAAUGGGCUUGCCAGUGGCUUGCCCCCUGAGGUGCAUGGCCAUGCCCACAACCCCGCAGAGCAGCCCUGCCCCACUGUGCAGCCGCUGCCAGAGGCCCUGGUUCCCCUGCACCCCAUAGCACCUCCCAGCUCUCCCCCUCCGUCCCUCCAGAAUCACAAGUACACCGGUUCUACCUCAUACCCCCCACUUGCAAACCUGCCCCUCAAAGCAGAUACUAAAGGAUUUUGCAAUAUCAAUUUGCUGGAGGACUUGCCUCUGCAAGAGCCUCAGUCACCUCACAAGCUCAACCCAGGCUUUGACCUGGCUAAGGGCAGCGCUGGUAAAGUAAACCUGCCCAAGGAGCUCCCUGCAGAUGCUGUGAACCUAACAAUACCUGCCUCUCUGGACAUUUCCCCCCUUUUGGGCUUCUGGCAGCUGCCCCCUCCUGCUACCCAAAAUGCCUUUGGGAAUAGCGCCCUCACUCUGGGGCCUGGGGAGUCUCUGCCCCAUAGGCUCGGCUGUCUGGGGCAGCAGCAGCAAGAUCCCUCACUGGCCAUGAGCACUAUGAGCCUGGGCCAGCUCCCCCUCCCGCCCAUCCCCCAUGUUUUCCCAGCAGGCACCAGCUCGGCCAUCCUGCCCCAUUUCCAUCAUGCAUUCAGAUGACUGAUUUUUGGGGCAUACUUUUCUCAUUCUGGAAGAUGUUUUCAAGAGCAUUUUAAACGUCAGUUAUACUACAAGGAAAUAUUUGGACAGCAGGACUGGGAAUAUGGCUUAUUCAGUAAUGACUGGCUUGAGAUAAGAGAGUUCUCGAACUGCAUGUAUCGUGCCAAUCUGUCCUGAGUGUUCAUGCUUUGUACCAAAUGUAACGAGCAAGUAUUCUUUAAUGGAACUGCAACUAUUGUCAUAACCGAUGUCCAAAUGAGGGCUGCUAUAUCUAGGUGUUUGUCAAACUGAGUUAAUCGUAAGCCAUGAUCAUAAUAACGUUAACUGAAUAACUUUAUGUGGCACUGCCUAGGAAGGGAACUAUGGAAAGGUUUGGAUUUCUCUAAAAUGGGAGACUUUGUUAAAUACGAAAAUAACCUUUAUAUCGCUUAUUAUAACUAGGCUGUGUAUUUCUUUUCAGGGAUUUUUCUACCUUCAGGGUUGGAUGUAGUUUAGUUACUAUUGCCAUAGCCAACCUGUAGUUUUACAGAAACAAUUGCUUGUGGAAUAAUAGAUGUCUCCAUUUUAAACAAGCAUUUUAAAUGUAGUUUGAAUAUUUUCCACAAGAUGCUACAAUGUGAGUUAUCACUUCAUUUAUCUUAAAGACUAAACUGGUUGUGUCAGUUACAUCUGACAGAAAAAAAAUAUCACUGUGUAACCAGGUUAAGUGGUAAAAUAAUCCAUGCGUCAGUCAAAAAAGCAUUUUGCUGACUUUAAU